UAAGUUGCCAUAUAUAAUGUCUCACCGGCUUCCUAUUAAAUCUUUGACCCUCUCCUUCAUUCAACACUUUGAUAUUAUUGUUAAAUCCUGUGAGAGAGGGACAGAAGUCUAUCCAUAUGAAGUAAUCAAGAAUUCAAAAGUAUGGAACAAAUGCUUCCACACAAAUCCAACGAUUCUUCCUUCGACGCAUAUCCUCUCUCCAGCUACGAAGAGACUGUAGAAGAUCUGAGGUCUACUCUUUGGUCAACCAGUUGGGAACUGGAAGAGUUGAGGAAAAAUGUUAGAGAAGAGCUGAGGAAGAAAGAUGAUGACAUAAACCAUCUUAUUCAGCUACUUAAUGCGGCAAACCAAGAAAGAGAUGAAGCCAGAGACCAACUACAAAUGCUCCUAAAUCAUCACAGGCGCUCACAAACCCCACAAUUCAUACUACCCAAAUGCAGCAGCUCAAGCUUCACCAAUUCCAAAAACCUCUCAGAUUUGCAAAACCAUCACUCCUAUAUUCAUUCCCCUCUCGUCAACCCGAUUGGCAGCAGUGGUGGCAAAGGCGGCAACGCAGUCACCGGCAUUGUUAUCCCAUCCAUUAGCUGCAAAUAUGAAUACGGUGAAGAGUCAAGAUUAGAACAGUUGAUGAAUAAGCCUUUACCAGAGAAAGGAAAGCUUCUGGAAGCAGUAAUGGCUGCCGGGCCUCUAUUAUGCAGUCUUAUGGUGGUAGGUGAACUUCCUCAGUGGAGAAAUCCACCGUUUUUGAAUACUUUGGCAGCUGCUCCUCAGUGGAGGAAUCCUCCAUCUUUGAAACCUUCUGCAGCUGCAUCAAUGGCGGCUAAGAGAUAGAAGACGCCACUGAUCAUUUGUUAUAGGUAUUAUAUCAGUUUAGUGUGAGGAAAUUAUUCGGCUUGUAAUGUAAAUUUGUAAAUGGUUUUAUACUUUUUGAAGAUGUUUUUCUCUCCGGUUAAGUAAUUACUAGU